GUCGCGGAAGCUCUAAUACUGAAAAAGAGCAUCAAUAAUAGCGUGAAAGCAACAGCAGCCGUAGCAAAAAUUGCGAGUACAACAACAUUAAAAUCAGCGUGACAAUCUAAGUAUAUAAAUAAGUACAAAUAAAGCAACAACACAUUCAAGAAAAAAAUAACAAAAAAAUGUUUCCCUCGAGCGUAAACGACACAAGUAGCAAUAAAUAAAAAAUAAACAAACACACGCACAAAACAAUGAAGAUGGCAGCAAUAAUAGGAGUCUAAAAGCAAGAACAAGUAUAAGCAUAAAAUAAAGUAGCAAAAACAAAAGUCAUCCAAGUACACUUGAAUAUGUAUUUGUGUACGAUUAUGUUGACUGAAAGCAAAAAAUAUGGCAGCAAGGCAGGCCCAAAUUGAAAGGACGGUUGGCUAAUGGAGCAAAAUAAGUUGACUGAUACUUUUUGGAGAUACAUACAUAUGCACUUACCAGGCAUAUAUACAUAUAAAUACAUAGAUAUUUAUGCGCCAAGUUCAUCACAAUGCUCUUAUUACGUAUUUAGUCAACAGUCAGUCAGCGGGAGCAUUCAGUAGCAGCAGAGCAGCCGGGAGACACAUAGCAACAGUAACAAUCUUGUAGCCAAUGGUAAAUUGUUUGCGAGGGUGAAUUGAGUGGAAAAGUGCGUUAGGUGUAUAGAACAAUACAGGAGUGUAGAGAGCAGCAAAUUGCGGAAACGAACAAUGAACGCGGCGGAGAAUGGUGCGUAAAUGUGUCCUUUGGUAGAGUAAGUUUGGUUUGAUGACCCGUAGUAUUGAAGUGCAAACAUACCAAGAUCUUCAUAUACAAUAAACGAUACAUACAUGCCUGCAUACAUAUAUGUUUGUAUACUAAAAGUCAAAGGAGCAAAUAAACUCAAGUGGAUUAAAUAUGUACAAUGCUGCGGAAUUAAUUAAGUGUAAAGAGCACCACCAAAAACAACGACUAUACCAAAAAAGUACAAAUUUUCACAUUACUACAAAAUAAAUCUUCAAAAGGAUAAAAUAAAAGUAGAAAAAGUUACAUAAAAAAUAUGCUUUCUAAAAUACAAAAAACCAUUAGGGAUCUACCAUAAAAAAAUAACUAAUUUCCUAAAUCUACUUAGGGAGUAUUACAACAAAAAAACUGGACUUCAAUUUUUUAAAUACCGGUCGGAUUUAUUUUAAUUUUACCCACCUGUGGACAACAACCGCAAACGUGCCGAGCUUUUUGAGGCAUGCGUUUGGAAUUUGCAAAACAGUGCAAGAGGGGAAGAGAUAACGGUAAUGUGGAUUCGUUUAUUUGUGUGAAUUAACGCCUACUUGAUUACCAUUACAAUUGUCAGUAGCAUACUUAGGCUACUUGGGUGCGACACAUACAUACAUACUUAUAUGUAUUAACGCAAGUGGGGAAAACAUUGCAGAGCACGAAAUACAUACAUACAAACAAAUUUACACAAUAAAGUACGUGUAAACCGCAUGAGAUAAUUCUAGAAGGAUGGCUAUAGGAGUACGAUAUAUAAAAGUAAGCAGCAGCAUAAAAUAAAGAACACAGAAUCAAAAUAAAUUUCUUAAAAAGGGGGUCAUAUUACCGAAUUUGUAUAAUACAAAUUAAUGUUGGAAUGCUUAAAAAGCUUUCACAAAGGUAAAUAAUAAUAUAUAAACAUUAAAAAGAGUUUUGAGGUAAAAAUGAACUAUAUAAAACUCAAUUAAAGAAACAUAUAAUUUUUUCCAAAAAGUUUUUCAAAGACAAUUAAAAGAACACUUCAAUUAUGUUGCUUAAAUUGCAACAUAAAAAAAUACAAAAAUAGUGGGUACAAAAAGGAAAUAUAUAAAAAUAUAUGAAGCAAAAAUAAAUGAGCAUUGCAAGUUUUGUGUUUAAAUUGUAACAUAAUAAAAUACAAAAAUACAAACUACAACAAGGAAAUAAAAAUAUUUAUUGAAAUUCAAACUAACGGUACAAUUACCCCAUAUUUAAGUAUCAAAUCGCCAGCUUUACAUCCUACUACAGCAAUGAAUAUUUCAACCAACAACAUAAAAGAGGAUUAAAACAAAAACAAAAUUAACGGAUUUAAAUCAAAAAUAUAAAAUACGAGUAAAAAAAUUUUUCGAAAUAAAAAAGUUGUAUAAAGGAAAUAAAAUAAUAAUAAUAAAAUUAAAACUACAGUAAAUUUAUGUAAAAUCGAAUAACAGAAAAAAGUAAUGAAAAAAUUAGGUUGAGAUAAGCAUUAAACUGUAUGAAAGAGAAACAAGACACAAAAUCAGUUGAGAUAUUUGCAACAAAAUAUACUAAUUUAAAAGUUCAAGCAAAUAUAUAUUACAAUAAACACACAUUAAACCGCCAACUGCAAAUCCUAUUAUCCAAAUACAUACUUUGAUAUUCUUUGCAAAGCCCCCACUCCAUUGCAAGCAACCAUUAGCAGGCGUUCAAAAGCUGCUGCUGGCAGUCGAACAACAGUGCUUAAUGUAUGGUAAACGUUAUUGAUACCCACAUAUAUUCGUACCUCCCAAAAAUUUGUCCCUAACUCACACAACUGAAACUACAUCUACGGUAGGAGAAAAUCUCUGCGUGACACAGCGAAAUAUCAGCAACAACUGCGUACGUUCAUAAGUACUUUUUGAUAUACCUACAUACAUACAUAAGAUUAUACAACUUUACUACGUACUAUACUUUGCGUACGAGCCCACAAAGCCGCAAUCAUGUAUGGCAUGGUUUUGGAGUCCGUCCAACACUUCAUUCAAGAUGAAUUUGGUGAAGAAAUCUGGCGACAAGUAUGCCAAAUUAUCGAUUGCCGUCACAAUACGUUCAAAACGCAUCAAAUAUAUCCCGACUCGCUAAUGCCCGAUAUAGCUGCCGCUUUGUCUGCGCUAACGGGCAAAUCGUUCGAUUGGUGCAUGUCCUUCUUUGGCAAUUGCUUUGUGCGUUUCUUCAGCAACUUCGGUUAUGAUAAGAUGAUACGUGCGACCGGGCGUUAUUUUUGUGAUUUUCUACAGUCUAUCGAUAACAUUCACCUUCAGAUGCGUUUUACAUAUCCGAAAAUGAAAAGCCCUUCCAUGCAACUGAUAGAGGUGGAUGAUGAGGGUGCAGUUAUGGUUUAUCGCAGUGGUCGUACUGGCUUCUCGAAAUAUUUGAUGGGUCAGCUGACAGAGGUUGGUCGCGAAUUUUACAAUUUGAAUGUUAAAUGUUCGGUGAUUGAAAGUCAGAAUGAUAUAAGUGGUGGCAUUGCUGGACCCAUAAAGAUGAGCCAUGAACCGUUAACGGUAAUUGUGAAAUAUCGUUUGGAUUUUGAUAAUCGUGAAUAUAUGGCGAAACGUGUUAAUGUCGUGGCCCAUCCGACCCAACAGGUAUUGCCAAAGGUCAAUAUUGAUGUUUUCCUAGAUCUCUUUCCAUUCUCUGUGUUGCUCAAUCGUAAUAUGAUUAUUACAUCGGCGGGUGAAAAAAUCGUUGAAACUUGGAUUCUUCAUAAUCAGGGUAAGAAUCCGCAACAUUUUUUCGGCUCCCAUCUGUUGGAUAUAUUUAAAUGUCGUCGUCCCAAGGAUAUCAAAAUCACUUGGGAUCAAAUCGUACAAAUGCACUCUGUGCUCUUCGAAUUCGAAUUAAUGCGAACCGGGCGCAAUCAGGCAGCUUACGCAGCGCUUAUGGAUCACAAUCUCAAAGAUGAACUAAAAGAAACACUCAACAGCAGUGAUGAGGACCUGUUGAAUGUCGAUACGAAAGAGGAUAUUGAUCCACUCACCGGUAAACGCAAAAUUUCUCAUGGUAAUAAGGCAAUCUUGCUGAAAGGUCAGAUGUUCCUCCUCACAGAUAUUGAUUCACUCAUUUACCUCUGCAGUCCGCUCAUCGAGAAUUUGGAUGAAUUGCACGGCAUUGGUUUAUUCCUAAAUGAUUUGAACCCUCAUGGGCUGAGUCGUGAGUUGGUAAUGGCCGGUUGGCAACAUUGUUCCAAAUUAGAAAUUAUGUUCGAGAAAGAAGAGCAACGCUCAGAUGAAUUGGAGAAAUCAUUAGAACUGGCCGAUUCAUGGAAGCGUCAAGGCGAUGAAUUGCUCUAUUCUAUGAUACCACGCACAAUCGCCGAACGAAUGCGCAAUGGUGAGGAGGUGAUUUGCCAAUCUUUCGAAGAGGUCUCUGUUCUAUUUAUAGAAGUAAUGAAUAUCUAUGCAGGCGAUACAAAUGAUAUACGUGAUGCCAUGACAGCUGUGACCACAUUGAAUACUGUUUUCUCAGCAUUCGAUCAGGAAAUAAAUUCACCAUUUGUGUACAAAGUGGAAACAGUUGGCAUGGUUUAUAUGGCCGUUUCAGGUGCACCGGAUAUAAAUCCAUUGCAUGCACAGCAUGCCUGUGACUUUACAUUGCGCGUUGUAAAGAAGGUGAAGGCCUUGAAUAUACCAGACCUUGCUAUAAGGGUGGGUAUAAAUUCGGGUCCGGUGGUAGCGGGUGUGGUGGGUUUGAAAGUGCCACGUUAUUGUCUCUUUGGUGACACAGUGAAUACGGCCUCGCGCAUGGAAAGCAGCAGUGACCCAUAUAAAAUACAACUAUCCAAUUAUACAGCGAAGAAAGUGCGUGAGGCAGGCUAUAAAAUUGAAUCGCGUGGUUUCGUAAAGGUCAAAGGUAAAGGUGAAAUGGAAACAUUUUGGCUGUUGGACGGACCGGAAAAAGAGAAGAAAAAUUGAUAUAUUAAUAUGUACUAUAACACUGUGUGUGUGUGUGUAACUCACAAGAGAAUAUUUUUAGCUUUGUUGAAAUUUAAAAGUCUAUAAU